CGACAAACUAGGGCAACCGAGCACUUUGCGAUUUUCCUCCAGCAUGGGUUUCCUCGACAACCUCUUCCGGACCAAGCCGAUCGAGGUCAUUGAAGCCGAAGAGCGCAAGGAAGAGCUCCCGCGCGAGCUCGGCUUGCGCGACCUCAUCAUGAUCGGCAUCGGGUCGACGGUCGGGUCCGGUGUUUUUGCGACGACGGGCGACAUUAUCAGUGGCGCAGCGGGCCCCGCGGCCUUUAUCGGCUGGGUCAUUGCCGGUUGCUCGUGCAUUCUCAGCGGGUUCGCCUACAUGGAGAUGAGCUCGCUCAUCCCGUCGUCCGGCUCGACGUAUGCGUACUCGUACCACAUCCUCGGCGAGCUUCCGGCCGUCAUUGGCGCGUGGCUCUUGACCCUCGAGUACGGCAUGUCGGGUGCCGGUGUCGCGCGCUCGUGGGCCACCAAAGUGCAGCAGUGGCUCAUCGAGGGCUCGCCGAGCGACAAGGCGCAGUACGACUGGCUCAAUUUGCCGCACGCGUCGUUCCUGGCCGCGCUCGUCAUGACCGUCUCGGUGCUCAUCCUCCUCGUCGGCAUCAAGUUUGGCAAGGUCUUUAUCAACACGGUCACGGGCACGAAGAUCGUGGUCGUCAUCUUCAUCAUCUUUGCGGGCUUUACGGCCGCCAAUUUGGACAACAUGACGCCGUUCAUUCCGCCGCGCGACGAAGCCAAGAACCGGUAUGGCUUCCAGGGCAUGAUGCUCGGCGCGUCUCAAGCGUUCUUUGGCUACGUCGGUUUUGACGAAGUGUGCUGCCUCGCGGCCGAGGCCAAGGACCCACGCAAGAUCAUGCCGCGUGCGGUCGUCGGCACGAUCCUCGGUACGAUGUUUCUCUCGGCCUUUGCGUCGCUCGCGCUCUCGGGCAUGAUGAAGUACGAUGCGGAUCCGGAAGGCGGCUUUUACUUUUCCGCGGGCUUCCAGAACGUCGGGUACCACUGGGCGUCGACGAUCGUGCACAUUGGUGAAGUCGGGACGAUGCCGGUUGUCGUCUUGAUCUCGUUCCUUGCGCAGCCCCGUCUCAUGUACGCCAUGUCGGUCGACGGGCUCUUGCCCGAGAUCUUUGGCCGCGUCGACAAGAACGGCAACCUUUUCUGGUGCACGGUCAUCACUGGCGUCUUCUUUACGCUCUUUGCGAUUCUGGUGCCAUUCGACUACCUCUGGAACAUUGUUUCGUUUGGCAUCCUCGUCUCGUUCAACAUGACCAACUCGGCGCUCAUUUUGGCGCGGACGCGCGAGGCAUCGCCCGUCUUUGCCUACAAGCUCACAGGCGCGAUGGUCGGCUGCUCGUGCAUCUCGAUGUUCUUCUUUGAGAAGGGAUAUGUCGAGGUAGCGUCCGGCGGCGUCGGCUUCCUUGUCGCGGCCGUGCUGCUUCUCGCGGCCGUCAUUGGCCUCGCGACAACCAUUUACCUCAAGUGCCCGCAGAACGUCGGCCCUGCCGACUGCUACCGCGCGCCGCUGGUGCCGUUUGUGCCGAUUUUGGCGAUUACGAUCAACUGGUACCUCAUUGCGCAGCUCCCAGCCAAGGACAUUGGCUUUGGCUUUUGCUGGAUCCUCCUCGCGGUCCUCUCGUACUUUGCAUAUGGCUACAAGCACUCGGCCGGCAAGACCGGGUGGCAAGAAAUGCUCAAGAACCAACUCGCGAGUCUCAACGAAGUCCGGCCGUCGAUCACGUCCAUGAUUACGGAUCAAACCAACAUGGUGCUGCCCGGCUACGUCCCGCUCGAGAACAAGCCGACGCUCAUUUUGCACUAGAUUGCAGGACGAGGAUAGGUUAAUAUCGCACCGCCCAUUAUUGUCCGUUCAUUUUUCGC